UUUUUCUAUUUUACCACUUAGAUGUCAUGUAGAUAAAAAGGAAUUAAAACAUUUUUUUUCAUCCAAAAAAAUGUAUAUGAUAAAGGGAAGGCCACGAAUUGAAUCUUCAUCUUCAUCCUUAUGCAGUUAUGCUUAUCUACAUCUUCAUAAACAAAACCCAAAAAAUCAUAACUAAACCCAUAAAAUUAAAAUCACACCAGAAAACCCAAACCCACAAAAUUAAAGUCUUCAUCUUCCACCUAUUAUUAAUAACCUCAACAGCAAAAAAAAAAAGGAGGGAGAGAACUCAAAUCAUAAAUCUUCUUCUUCCUCUGCAACUCCAGUUCUUGAUCCUCCUCCUCUAGCCCCUUGCAAUCGAACCCAGUUGCUCACCCUUUUUCCGUUCAAUCAAAAUCCAGGUGCAAUCAAUUUUGGCUUGGCUGUUUGCGGCAGGGAUCUGGGUUUGAUUACGCUUUAUGGGUUACGGCAGAGAUUGAUUAUGGCUUGGCUGAUUGCGGGGCUGAGAAAAGGGGUUAAAGGUUACUGGGUGUAUAUGAAAGGAUGAAGGUGCUGCCAUAUGGUGUUUACGAGGUUUGCAAAGGCUGUAAAAUUCAUGCAUCUAUCAGACGAACAUUGGUAUAUCGAUUCCAGAACCAGUUAACUGAGGGGCGUGUUUAUCAAAUAUCUUUCUUUGGUGUUUGCGAGAAUGGAGGCGAAUUCAGGACAACCUCUCACUCAUACAAGAUCAAUUUCCAAAUGCAUUCCAGUGUCAGGCUUAUGUCUUCAACCUCUAUCACCGGAAACCCAUUUUCAUUCAUGUCUUUGUCUGAUGUAGUAUUCAAAGAACCUGAUACCUCAUUCCUUAUAGACGUAAUUGGUAUAUUGACUGGGUCUUCUGGAGAGCAACAAUUUGAAAAAUAUGGUAAAAUGCAGAAGAGGAUAACUCUAGAAAUUGAACAGGAAGGAGUUCGUGUUGAAGCUGCAUUUUUUGGAAAAUAUGUCGACGAAAUCUUUGGACAAUUGGCUUCUGGAGACAUGACCAAUGCGGUUGUUGUAGUCCAAUUUGCAAAGAUUAAGCCUUUUAAAGGAAAACCAAGCAUUCAAAAUGUGUAUGGUGCAACUCAGAUUCUUUUUAACCCUCCUAUUGACGAAGCAGCCUCUGUUCGCGAAAGGUUUGUUGAAAAUCAUGGUCCUGAUGCUCAAGUAAUUAGUCAACUUCAAGACUCCGGAAAGCUUUUUGUAGCAGAAGAUUUCUUGAAGCUUCAUGAAGGAAAAACUAUUGAGCAAAUUAAAGAUUUGGUCGAAUCCCCAUACGACUCCCAAAUGCCGCAGGAGAUUUUGAAUUUAAUAGAUAAGUCUUUUCUUGGGAUCUUAUUUCUGUUUUCAUCUAUUUAGGAUCUUAAUGAGGACUUUAACAUUGCUGUUAAUCCUAAUGUCCCUUCUCUGAGCAAUGAAUCGGCUUUUGACUUAAGUAAGAAAAUUCAUGAAGGUAAUAUUGUUUCGGCUCCCGUGCGUGAAUUGAAGAUGCAAUACUCUUCUAAUUCAAAAAAUAGGCUGGGAAUGUCUGAUAUCGUUUCCAAAGGGAAGGGUAUUAUCUCUUCUAACCCUUCUAAUGGGCCUUCCUCUGGAUCUGAGAAAAUGGUUAUUCCUCCAGUCAAGUCUAAUAAAGAUGUUGCUAUUGGUGGUGUUGUUAACAUUAAUUCUGUUACACAAAUUGAUGGUAUUACGCUUCUAAGUCUAUUGAUCAGACUAAGGAAGCCAAAGUUAAUUACAAGUUGAAGUCAGAUGCGGAUAAAAAUGGCAAGUCUUUUACUAAUAAGGCUGGUUCUGCUGAUUAUAAAAAGAAUGAGCAGGGUUGUGAGAAGGAUGUUUGUGCAUAGAUGGAUUUCUCCAGGCUGUAGCAACUAUUGAUGGUGGAAUUCAGAACGAAGUUCAUGAUGAUAGUAACGUUUCUCCUCCUUUAAAGCGUCCUAUCCAUGCUGAUCCAGAAGCCAUUACUACGGAUGUUGAGAAGAAGAAGUUCUUAAAGGUUGUCAAGAAAGAGAAGAUUUAAAUGAGAAGAGGAUAGUCUUUUUUAUUACAAUGGAUGUUGGUUUUCAUGUAUUUUGUUUGCUCUAUGAGCCCUCAACAAGUUUGAAAGAACUUUCUUUUAGUUUUCGUGAAUUUUCCCUUUUAUGUCUCUUUAUUAUGCUCUAUGAGCUUUGAUAUAUUAUGUUUUGGAUUUGAUGUAUGGGGAUUUGUUCCUUUAUUAAGUUAAUGUCAUUGGUUUUUCCAUUUUCUCAACAGUUAUCGUGAUCUAUUGUGUUUUUUUUUUCUUUUUAUACAUUUUUUUAUAUAAAACCCAAAUAAAUCUUAUACAUAAUCGAAUUUUUUUGACCCUGGUUUAUAUUAUAAUUAAUGGACAGGCACUGCUUUGAAGCUCUAGACAGAUCUUUGAAUGACAUCAUGAAGACUCAAAUCAAUUUUUGGGCAUGAAAUUCCAUUUGGGGGAAAAGUAGUUGUCUUAGGUGGAGACUUCAGGCAGAUCCUUCCGGUAAUUUUGAAAGGAAGUAGAUCUGACAUUAUUUCAGCUACUAUUAAUUCAUCAUAUCUAUGGAAGAACUGCAAAGUAAUGAAAUUAACUACCAAUAUGAGAUUGCAACACGCAGGUUCCUCUUCUACAGCUAGGGAAAUCAAAGAAUUUGCAUAUUGGCUACUUCAAGUAGGUGAUGGAACAGUUAAGACUGUCGAUGAAGAUGAUUCUAUCAUUGAAAUUCCGUCAGAUCUGUUAGUUGGGGAGUCUGACAAGCCUUUACUUGACUUAGUAAAUUUUGCAUAUCCAGAUGUUGUUGCUAAUCUGGAAAACCAUGCAUAUUUUGAACAAAGAGCACUCCUUGCUCCUUCUCUUGAAAGCGUUGAAGAGGUAAACAACUUCAUGAUGUCUAUGAUUCAUGGAGAGGAAACAUAAUAUCUGAGUUAUGAUACUCCGUGUAGAUCGGAUGAUGAUUCUGAAAUAGAUGCGGAAUGGUUCACUACAGAGUUCCUAAAUGAUGUUAAAUGCUUUGGACUUCCAAACCAUCGAAUCGUUUUGAAAGUUGGGGUUCCUAUCAUGUUGAUUCGUAAUUUAGAUCAGUCUGCUGGACUGUGUAAUGGCACUCGAUUGAUGGUUACAGAUUUGACGCCGUAUAUUAUUGUUGCUACAGCACUAUCAGGUUCAAAAUCCG